AUGGUUUUGACAGCAGCCUCGCGAGCUCAGGCGAACGCUGCUGGCAGCACCGCUGCUGGCUCGUCUUCCGCUACUACGUCAGCAACGGCUUCUAGCGCGACGACGUCGUCGUCGAGCUCGGCUUGGGCACAGCAAUCUCAGGUAUCGCUGCUGGGCACGCUGCCGAUGCACGUGGUUCCAGCGUUGCUGGGACGCAUCGAGUCGCAGCUAGUCACGCUGCCUGCGAGGGUGCUGUGCGAGAAGGAGACGGUGCUUUCCAGGCACGAUGACCACGCUUCGGCGGUGCGCGAGACGGGCGACAAUGCAUGGGCGAGCGUGGUCAAGGCGAGAAAGCGCAUCAAGUUGCGCGUCCGCGAAGCCAUCAAGCGCUACAAUACCAGUAGCAUGCAUCGCUCUGAUUGCCACACAGUCGAUUCGGUAGAGUGCACCUUGUGUCUUGCGCUCCCGAGCUUGCCCGAGCGCCAGUAUCCCAAGGCGUCCGUUCGACCAUGCUACAAUGUCGAGCUUCUCUCAGAUACCCCCAUCGGCCCACACCACGACAUGGCCAAACAUCCGAUCCAUCCACUCACAGACACCCACCCUCUGCUCGGAUUCAACCCUGAUUCAUACCUCGAUACAGACCUCGUCAACGGCUGGAAGAGCUUCGUCUCGUCGAUCGGCUGGCGACCGCAUUUCAAGUUCCUACGAUACGGCCUCACUUUCCCCCUCAACGACUUCCUUUCACGUCAUUCUUCGACGCAAAUUCCUGCCUUGACCAAUCCAGCCCACGGCACGAUGCACACACUCAACGUCUUCAGGAUCUUCACCCCGGAUCCAAGCGGAUACACAGACGAAUGGACUCCGCUCGACCCCGAUGGUGCCACCGUGGUGGUCGAGCUCAUCGCCACCGUCGGAGCACAGUUAGAUCAGAGCCAUUUCAACAUUUACUGUUCAACCACAGAUGCAGGAGCAGCACAGACCGGUGGAGGCUUGGACCCCACAUCGACCAUCGAAAACGCCAUCGAGUUUGCCGACUCGGUCGCGAAAACGUUGCGAGGAUUGGUCGAUCUCAAAAGAGAAGCUUACGAUUGA